AUGGAUGGAAAUCAAUCAGAAAACGACCGUAUCAAUCAACAAUUCAUACAAGAAGCAUUAUCAUCACAGCUUGAUCAACAGCAUCAACAACAUCAGCAGCAGCCGCAACAGAAUAGCUACACGGCAUACUUUUCAAACGAUAAUGUACAAACUAUAGCAGGAAAUGCUAAUAACUUUGAAACGUUAGCUCCCUUUCAGAACUUUGCUAGUCAUUCAUUGCUGUACAUGCAACAUCAGGGGAUAUCCUCAUCCGCAUCUUCUAAUAACACGAUGGAUCCGACAAAGCAACAACGCGUAGAUAUCAUAGAAUCCAAUGCUAUACAAGACGAAAACGAAUACAUCUACCAGCAAUACCUUCAAAUGAUGAACAACCAUAGUUAUCAUCCAACGACACUUGAUUCAAACUUGCAAGGUUAUGUUUCUCAACAACAACAACAACAACAACAGACCCCAGCAAUACCUGCCAGACAAGAACAAGAUGUAUUUAAUGAGCUGCUCAAUAUGGCUUCGAUGAACAAUAUGCAAAACAACGUGUGGCAUAGUGAGCAAACACAUACAACGGCAUUCAUCAACAACUUGGAUACUUCCACGUUGAUUACGCAACAAGGGCAAGAUGCUUCUUGUUACAACCCUACGGCUGCGAAUCCACCAAACAAUGCGCAUUUUUCAUUGCCUCUGCAAGCUGAUAAAAAUGCAAAAAGCGGUAUAGUGCUACAGAAAGAUUACGAACAUCUUUUCGCGAAUGAGUACAGAGAUUAUAAGCUAGAAAUUGUGCAACAACCUUCAAGGGCUAGGAUGUGCGGAUUUGGCGAUAAAGAUAGAAGACCCAUUUCUCCUCCACCUAUCCUCAAGCUGACAGUUUUCACCAAGAAUGGGAACAUCAUAGACCCAGAAACAUUUGAUAUUUCAUUUUUGGUUGUCAUGUGCGACGCAUGCCAGGAACAUGUUGCUCAAAAGGCUGAUGACAAAGCUUCGUCGUCAAUGGAUGUUGUCCAGUCAGGGCAAUUCACGACUCAAGUCGUCAGUUUUUCAAAUAGCACAGAACAUGAACUCGAAAGCGAUAGAUAUACAGCUACGAAAUUAAAGAAUCUCGUGGGCGCGUCAGUAGCAUCUGCUACGAAACUAUACGAUCUGGAUGGAAAACUAGGCAUCUUUUUCAUAUUCCAAGACAUCAGUUUAAGGACUGAAGGGCUGUUUCGGCUGCAGUUUUCUCUUACAGAUAUUGGAUCGUAA